AUGGAAUUUUAUCAUAAAAAUCAAAAUUUAUAUUUUAUAAUUGAUAAAAAUAGUAAUAAUAAUAAAAAUGAUAAUAGUAAUUUAUUUUUUCAAAUUUGGAGAAACAUAUAUUUAAAAAGAUUUAUUUUAUCACAAAUUCAAAUAAUUAAUCAUCAAAAUUUAUGUCCAAAUACUCAAUUGUUUGGCUAUUGUAGAAGUUAUGUUGAUAUUAAUUCAAUCAAUUGGAUGAUAACUCAUGGUCAUUUUGGGUUAUUAAUUGAAAAAGUAUCACGUAAUGAUAGAAACCUUGUAUUUUGUUUCAAAUCAAUAGAAAAAAUUUUCAUUACAAUAAAUUUAAACUAUAUUCGAUAUUAUAGAGAGUAUUUAAUAAAUUUCUCUGAUUAUUUAUUACUAUUUUCAGUUAAAUUUAAUAAUAUAAUUUCAUUUAAAACAAUUUGUUCAUUAAUGACAUCACCUUAUAAUUGUAGCAAUAAUAUUAAUAAUAUUAAUAAUAGUAACAACAAUAAUAAUAAUAAUAAAAAUAAAAAAUUAACAAAUUCAAUAACAUUAUCACCAACACCAACAAUUGUUUCAAAUAAAUUUGAAAUUCAUAUAACAAAGAAUGUAUUUGAUGCAAUAUUUGACCAUGGAGCAGUUGAAUUGUUAGAAUUUAUAAAAAAAACAAAACCAAAUAAUUAUAAUAAUCAAAUUGAUCAUACUCAUUCAUUUUUAGAUUCAAUAAAAAAUAGUGAUGAUUCACCAAAUUGGGUUUCAAAUAAAAAUAAAUUAUCAAAUUAUUUAUUAUCAAAUAAUAUGGAAUUUAUUUCAUUACCAAAUAAAAAUAAUUUAAUUAAUAGUGCUGGUAGUGGUAGUGCAGGUAAUGGCAAUAAUAAUAAUAAUAAUAUAGUUACAGAAAAUAAUAGAAAUUUCUUUUCUGGUAUAUUUAGUUAUUUAUUUUGUAGUUCAAAUAAUAAUAAUAACAAUAGUAAUAGUAGCAACAAUAAUAGUAAUAAUAAUAAUAAUAAUUUUAAUAGACAAUUCACAAUACCAUAUAUAGCAUUAUCAAAAUUAAUAGAGUUAGAUAAUGAUAUAAUUCAUAGAUUCUAUAAAACUAUACCAUCACUAUUCAAUUAUAGAUAUGAUGAUUUUAAUCAAUUAUUAUGUGGUCAAUUAAAAGGUUCACUAUCAUCAAUGAUUUUUAUAAAAUCAAAAAAGCAAAAACUUUUUAUUAGUAAUUUUAUUUCAAUAUUCAUUUAUAGUAAUACGAAUAAUUCAAAUAAUAAUAAUAGUGUCAGUAAUAAUAAUAAUAAUAAUAAUAAUAAUAAUAAUAAUAAUAAUAAUAAUAAUAAUAAUAAUAAUAAUAAUAAUAAUAAUAAUAAUAGCCAAUUAAUAGAUUAUGAUAUUAUUAAAAUGAUUGAAAAAUUCAUUAAAAAUGAUAAAGAAAAGCAUAGAAUUAAAAUGAUAGAAUAUUUUGUAAAUACUAUAAUUAUGGGUAACCAACAAUUUAAUAAUGAUUUAAAGUUUUCAAUAAUAUCAGAGUAUUUAUUAAUGAUUGGUGGUGAAAAUGUAAUUGAAAAUAUUAAACAACAUAUUCAUUUAAAUCCAUAUUGUCUAGGUCACCUAUUUCAAUUAUCUUAUCAAUAUGGUGAUUAUGAAUUAUUAGAAUUUAUUAAUAAAAAUUUUAAUAAUAAUAAUAACAAUACCAAUACCAAUACCAAUACCAAUACCAAUACCAAUACCAAUACCAACACCAAUACCAAUAAUAAUUAUCAUUAUCAACAACAUUUACCAACAAGACAAAAUAUAAUACCAGAAUUAUUUGUAAAUGUAUUAUUAAAUGAAGAAGGUAUAGAAAGAAUAAAGAAAUAUAUAUCAAUAUUAAUUAAUAAUUAUAAAUCAAUACCAUCAGUUGUACCAAUAACAUGGUUUUUCAUAUCAUUAAUUUUAUCAAAUUUCCAAUUUGAUUUAAUCAUUCAUUUUUAUAAUGAAAUGGAGAAAUUUGAAAAUGAAUCACAAAAUUCACCACCAAUCACCACAAUCACAACAGAUUCACUUUUAUCAAGAGGUUGUUUUGAAGAAAUUCUAAAUGAUUCAAAUGAACAUAUUAUUAAAUUUUUAAUUUUAAAAUAUAAAAAUAAGAAACAAAAAUCAGAACAACAACAAGAACAACAACAACAACAACAACAACAUCAAAAUAAUAAUAAUAAUAAUAAUAAUAAUAAUAAUAAUAAUAAUAAUAAUAAUAAUAAUAAUAAUAAUAAUAAUAAUAAUAAUAAUAAUAAUAAUAAUAAUAAUAAUAAUAAUAAUAACAAUAUCAACAUAGAUAACAAUAAAAAUAAGAAUUUAAAUAAUAAUAAUAAUAAUAAUAAUAAUAAUAAUAAUAAUAAUAAUAAUAAUAAUAAUAAUAAUAAUAAUAAUAAUAAUAAUAAUAAUAAUAAUAAUAAUAAUGAUAUUUUGAAAUUUAAUUAUUUAGCUAAAAUUUCAGCAAAAAAGAAUUAUUUAAAGAUUUUAAAAUUAAUACAUAAUGAAUUACCAAAUUUAAUUGAUGAAUGUGUGAUGGAGGAAGCUAUUGAAUAUCAAAAUUUUGAAAUUGUUAAAUUCUUAUUUAAAAAUGGUUAUCCAUGUAGUUUACAUUGUUAUUCAAUUGCAUAUAGAAAGAAUGAUUUUAGAAUUUUAAUUUACUUGAUUGAAAAUGAUUAUUCAAAUUUAGAUUGUUCAAAUUUAAUAUCACUUUUUAAAAAUAAUUUAAAUUUUAUUAAAUUCUUAAUUAUAAAUUAUUCAAAUAAUCAAUUGGUUUUAAAUAAAUUUGGUUCAAUUAAUUAUUUACAAUCAAUUUUAUCACCAACUUCUACUCUUCCUCCUCCUCCUCCUCCUCAUCCCUCAUUAUCAAUUCAACAUACUACUUCAAAUCAAUCAAUUUCACCAUCUUCAUCAUCUUCUACUUCUACUACUUCUACUUCUUCUUGUUCAUUUUCAUUAAUUACAAAUUAUAAUUAUCAAUAUCAUCAUCAACAAUCUAAAGAAACGAUAUUAUUGAAUUUAAUAUUAUCAAGAAAACAACCUCCACAAUCAUUUAAUAAUGUUGCACCAAUGAAUAAGAAAAAAAUAAUUAAAUUAUUAUUGAAUGAAUUAUUAAUUAUAAAAAAUGGUGCUUUAAAUGAACAACAGUUAUUACAACAACACAACAACAACAACAACAACAACAACAACAACAAAAUAAUCAAAAUAAUCAAGCAAAUCAAUAUCAACAACAAAAUAUGA